AUGCUGCUUCAAAUUCAAACGAGGCAAUUCGGUGCAGCGUGUCCACGGGUGAAACUUGCACCCGCAAGCGCAACCAAGAGAAGUGGCUCUGUUUGGUUGAGAAGGAGGAAUGGAGGCCCAAAAUGCUCGGUGGCGGCGGCGUCGACGGCCCAAUUGGAAGUGAAGAGUGAGAGCCAAACGAAGCCGUUUCCGGCGGAGGUGUCGAGAACCCUGAUGGAGUUGGCUAAGGUGGGGACGCUAUGUACGUUGACCGAAGAGGGUUUGCCUCUGGGCACUGGGGUUCGAUUCGCGGUGGAACCCGAACAUGGUACUCCCUUGUUCUGCUUCAAUUCCAGUGAUAACACUAACAUCCCCUCUUCUCUUCAUGUUCAGUUUGAACAAUUCGGAUUGCGCACUCCUCAAUGCACUGUUCAAGGAACUCUUACCAAACCACAGGAUCCAAAGCGUUUUGUUUCUGUGUGGAGGAAGAGGUUUGGAGAAGAAGUGGAUCAAGAUUCUAUUUACAUUAUUGCUGUGGAUCGGGUACUGCAAUUGGAAGACAUUCAGGAGGAUGGUGUUUGGGUAACCUCUUCAGAUUACAGCAAUGCUCAACCGGAUCCUCUUCGAGACUCUGCACACAACUUAGUAACUGAGAUCAACACCAACAACAUGGAAGACAUUACUCGCUUCUGCAAUGUCUACGUUGAUUUGGAUUUCUUGGUUUCGGAGGCAAAGAUGAUAUGGGUUGAUCGCUUGGGUUUUGACAUGCGGUUGUCGUCCCCUCACAGAGGCGUGUUUGAGGUCCGCAUUCCCUUCCCUAGAGAAGUCACGGAUGAAAAAGGUGCCAAGUCUACGUUUAAUUGUAUGUCACAACUCGCUUGGGAGGUUGAAAGAAACUUCCAACAUCCACACUUUCCAAAGGUUAAAGAGUUGAAGCCAGUCAGGUCCUCUUUGCUGUAACCCACGUACCAAUUCUUCAAUCUUUGUCAAACAUCAUCCAUCCUAGCUUGUUUUUCAAAGAAUAAUAUGACAAUGUUUGUCGCACCUUCAUUCAAUAGCCUGCUCCAUUGCAUCUACCAUUGUGUUUCAAAACUCAGGUUGAAUAUCCUCAAUAGGCCAUGAUUUUGAGACCAAAUCUAGGUCGAAUGGACUAAAAUAGGCGUUUGCGUAUUCAUUAAUAAACUCAUAUAUCUAUAAUCGUUACAUUUAUUUUACCAGCAGUAUACAGACAUUUGCUGGCUAAAUAAAUUUAUAUAUCUAAUUUCUUGAGAA